AUAGUGACUCUUAAAUGUGACUUUUGCUGAUUCUAGAAUUUCAAGUCGCUCAAUUAAAUUUUAUUGUUUUAUCUUGGUAAAUAAAGAUGACCCUAUUGAGUACUCUCAAAGUUUUGGCCAGAAAUGGUGUGAUUCGAGAUUGUCAAAAAAUAUCGGUUCGAUUCAGUGGUCAUGGCCAUAAAAUGCACAUUCAGCCAUCACGAUUUGUUUGGUCUACAUUCAAGGAUUAUCUUCACUUCUAUUUCAUGCUUGGCGCAAUCCCGUUAACUUUAAUCACUGCUUAUGCUAACAUUGUUGUCGGAGAUGCUGAAUUAACCGAUAUUCCCGAAGGAUAUACACCCCAUCAUUGGGAAUAUUAUAAGCAUCCAAUCACAAGAUUUUUCGCCAAGUAUUGUUUCCUAGAUCGUGCACUUGCAUACGAAUCUAGUGUUUCAAAAUUGGCCGAAGAAUCAGAAAAAAUUUUAAUUCAUAGAGUCAAACAACAACUAAAAAUGAUGAUGGCCGAAAAAGCCGACAACAAAGCAUGGUACUAUACGGAAGUAGAUCCAGCACAGAAUCGUUGGUUGUUGGAUAAAUUUCGUACCAUUGCAUUUAAAACAGAGGGCAUAAGCGAUAGAGGCGAACUUGAUGAUUAAAUUUUGUUUUAGAUCAAUUUAUUAUGAAAAAAAUUCUGAUUUUUUAAAUUGUGAAUGUAAAUAAAGUAGAUUUAUCUGCUCAUCCACUAGAUGGCAGUUAAUAUGAGAAACGAAA